GGAAGUAGUUGCCUCAUACCCCGCCCCAAACAUGGCGGCGCCCAGCACUUUGAUUCACCACCUGCUUCUGCUCCACCUCUAAUCUUAGCCUUGCCGUGGUCGGCGGGACCAUGGACGCGCCGGGCUUCACGGCGUCCCUGGUGGCUGGAGGAGUAGCAGGCGCCUCUGUUGACUUAAUCUUAUUUCCUUUGGAUACUAUUAAGACAAGGCUGCAGAGUCCCCAAGGAUUCAACAAGGCUGGUGGUUUUCGUGGAAUAUAUGCUGGUGUCCCUUCUAUAGCUGUUGGAUCCUUUCCUAAUGCUGCUAUGUUUUUUCUCACCUAUGAAUAUAUGAAAUGUCUGCUGCAUGCUGACUCGGCUUCACACGUCAGGCCCAUGAAGCACAUGCUGGCCGCCUCUGUGGGAGAAGUGGUUGCCUGCUUGAUUCGAGUGCCUUCUGAAGUGGUUAAGCAGAGGGCACAGGUGUCUGCCUCUUCAAAAACCUUGCAGAUCUUCUCUACUAUCUUAAAGGAAGAGGGCAUCCGAGGACUGUACCGAGGGUAUAGAAGCACAGUGUUGAGAGAGAUUCCUUUCUCCUUGGUCCAGUUUCCCUUGUGGGAAUCCCUGAAAGCCCUCUGGUCGUGGCGGCGGGGUCAUGUGGUGGAUUCUUGGCAGUCAGCAGUCUGCGGAGCUUUUGCAGGUGGUUUUGCAGCUGCAGUCACUACCCCUCUGGAUGUGGCUAAGACAAGGAUCAUGUUGGCAAAGGCGGGCUCCAGCACUGCCGAUGGGAAUGUGCUCUCUGCCAUGCACGGGGUGUGGCGCUCACAGGGACUAGCAGGGUUAUUUGCAGGUGUCUUCCCACGAAUGGCAGCGAUCAGUAUGGGAGGCUUCAUCUUUCUGGGUGCCUAUGACCAGACCCGCAGCUUGCUAUUAGAAGUGGGCAAGAAGAGCCCGUGAGGUGGACACUGCGUCCUUGGAGAAGAGCACUGCUGUGCAAUCCCCGUCCUCCCGUGACUGGCUCGGUCAUCCAAGCAAGGAAGUCGACGCUGCAGCUGCUGCAGCGUGGUGCCUUGAGGAGUGCUGCAGAGUGCAGCCCUGAGUGUCGUCCGAGGCACAGGCUGCCCCUGAGGAAACUGUCCUGGGUGGACCUCCAGAUCAACAUCUCAGACCCCUCAAUAAAUCCUCUUGGUCAGCUCAGGCCAGGCCCUUUGGCAUUCUUGUUUGGUCAAUGAUCUUUGUUCCCUGCUUUUUAGUCACUAAAAAGCAAGCUGCCUGCAGCGGAGCAAAUGAGAGGACUGGGGAACGGAAGGAGGCGGGGCAGAAAUUGUACGUGUGGGUGUUCCUCCCCUGGGCUAAUUCCUAUUGUGUAAGAUUAUAGCUUUGUUUAAAAAGCAUGCACUGCAGGUGCAUAGCGUGCAUUCUUUCUGGUAAGGAGCCUGCUGUUUUUAAUUACCCUCGUAUUUCUCCUAUAAAAACACAUGAUUAUAUUAUUUUACAGCACAGUGCCCCCACAUGCCUAGUGUGUGAGACAGCUGCAGUACCAGCGAGUGGGUGGGCCCAAGUGACUCCAGUCAGGAGCUUGCCUGAGGGGAGCAAGGCCAUGACCACCACUGUCCUCCAGGAGGACUAUCUCAAGCUGCUGCUUCCCCUCUGCAUUGUGUGUAAGCAACACUGGCUGCAGGAGGUGGAGGCUCAGCAUAUUUGGGGAGCAUGAGGCUGGACUAACCAGCUCCAGGUGGCAAAAAGUUAGUGAGCUACCUGAGGAAUGUCGCGCCAUAGCCUCUUCUGGGACAACAGUGUACAGUCUAUGUUGCUCUGUCUUAAGUAUUCUCCUUGUGGGGAAAAAUAUUAUUAAAAGCAGAAUAAGUGUACUUAGAACAAUGACCACAGCACACACUUGGUACUUAUAAAUGAACCUUUAUUAAAGACACUUUAAUGCCAUUUGUUAGACACUUCAUAUCUUACAUGUUUUCAAUGUACAUUGUACCAAAAUUUCUAUAAAUAAAUAACU